CGCCACGCCUACUAAAAAUAAUACACACACACACACGUGCUUUUACGCUUCAACAUGGCGUCGUCUGCUAAGAAGAGAGCAAUGGGUAUGGGUGAAAAACCCAAAGAAAGCGAGAACAGCUCGGAGGAGAAUUCGGAGGAUGAAGACGAGUCUGGGGAGGACGACAGCGACGCGUCGGAGGAAAUCAACGAGGAUGUCAUGGUGGACUUUGAAGCUCACUCUAUUUCAGUUAAUGACUUCAACGGCAUUAAGAAACUGUUGCAGCAGCUCUUUCUGAAGGCUCAUGUAAACACGUCAGAGAUGACUGACAUCAUCAUCCAGCAAAACCACAUUGGAAGUGUCAUCAAGCAAGCUGAAGUUCCAGAGGACAGCGAUGAUGAUGACCCAGAUGAAGUGUUUGGCUUCAUCACUGUGCUCAACCUCACAGAGAGAAAAGGCGUCCAGUGUGUGGAGCAGGUCAAGGAGCUGAUCGUGGACCAGUGUGAGAAGAACGCUCCUCACAGUGUAACGGAACAGCUGGAGCAGAUCCUGAAUGACACGACCAAGCCUGUGGGGCUUCUGCUAAGUGAACGCUUCAUCAACGUACCGCCACAGAUCGCCCUCCCUCUGCAUAAACAGCUCCAGGAAGAAAUGUCUGAAGCUCAGAGGACGAAUAAGCCCAGCGGGAAGUGUCACUACUGCCUGAUGAUCAGCAAGACGUGCAAAGAGGCGACCAAGAAUAUCCCGGCCAGAGGAGGAGCUCCGAAAGAGGAGUACCUGUUCGUCAACGCAGAGGAGGAAUUCUUUUACGAGCAAGCCGCCCUGAAGUUCCACUUCUCGGUCCAGGAAGAUGCAGAUUCCUGUUUGAGUGGCAGGUGGUCGUUUGACGACGUCCCCAUGAAGCCUUUCAGGACGGUGAUGAUGAUCCCCGCGGACAAAAUGCCUGCUAUAAUGGACAAACUGAAAGAAUACCUGACUGUGUGAAAUACUCUUGAGACUCGUGUGCACACGGAAGAGCUGCAGGUUCAAGAUGCUUUCUGGUUUAUCUAAAAAGUUCA